AUGGUUAAGGAGAAGAAAGCGGGGGUAUCGAAAGAUACCUCUGCCAACACAUCGUUCGAUGUUGCGGUGGUGCCAGCAGCGGUACCGCAAGCAACUGCAACAACAUCAGGUCAGGCAACUGACCAAUGGAUGAAAAUAACAACCAACAAAAAAAGAAAAAUCAAAAAACAUAGCCCAAAUAAAGUGGAGAGGGCCAACUCUGCUAAGCGGCGGGAUAUGAGGAGAGAAAUGGAAGGUGGUAAGGGAGGAAUUACCACCGAGAGUGAGUUCUCAGACUACGCCGAGUCUGAGAAAACAGAGUAUGUUUCCGAAGGUGGAGAGGGGCUCUUCAGGUCUCCGAAUAUGCAUUUAAUCAUAUCGGAGCCAGAGCCAGUCCCGCCGACAACGAAGGCUUUGGAGGUAGCCGACCAUUACGUAUUCCAAUCCCCGCAGAACAUAACACCCCUUCAGGCCCUUGCCUAUUCGAUGGAAAUGGAAAAUUCAAGACCAUUUGAAGACCUGGUGCGAAAUAGUUUACCGGAUACAUCGGCGGAGGUUCAAAAAAAUGCUGCCGAAGAAGUUUUAAUGCGAUUGAUUCCAAAACACGCCCAUUUGUUUGAAAUUGAAAUCGACAAAAGUUUGCCGAUACGAAGUUUUCAACUUCACCAAUCUUCCACGAACAGAAACAGAAAUAGCAACGGCAACAGUAGCAACAACAGCAAUAGCAACAGAAACAGAAACAUACGUAUCCUUGCUUCAGAUGGUAUUUCCGCUACAAAAGGAUUCCAUCAUUACCUGAAGUACUACCUCGAUGCGGAUGUAUCAUGGUCGGGUAAUCAAUUAGAGCACAUUCCAUCCGAAUUGCCAGCCCCAUCCCCGAAUGAUGGAAUCACCUCGCAAUCGCAAAGUGCAUUCAUCUACUAUCAAAAUGUUUGUACAUGGAGCUACAGCUUUGCCUGGUGGUCAUGGAUAGAUUGGAGACGUCAUAUCGACUGGAUGGCUCUAAUGGGUAUAUCGCUUACAAUUGCCCCCGUCCAGGAGCAAAUUUGGACGGACCUCUACAAAGAGUAUGGCCUCACCGACGACGAAAUCUACGAGCAUUUUGCUGGCCCUGCAUUCCUUGCUUGGCAGCGAAUGGGAAACAUACGUGGCUGGGCUGGUCCACUUACCCCCACCUAUCAGCGAAUGCAAUUACUUUUGCAAAAGGAAAUCAUCAAAGCUCAGCGGAACCUUGGAAUUACAGUGGCUCUGCCCGCGUUUGCGGGCCAUCUGCCCAAGGCAAUGGCACGGAUCUACCCGAAUACGACGUUCGAGCAGGUAGAACGAUGGAAUCGCUUUCCGGACAACUUAUGUUGCCCUCUGUUUGCCGACCCCAAUCGACCGCUCUUCCGCGAAAUUGGACAGCGAUUUCUGCGAGCCGUCAUCGGCGCAUAUGGCUCCGAUCACAUCUACUUCAGUGACCCGUUUAAUGAAAUUCAACCGGCCAAGUCCGAGGCAGCAUAUCUCAAGCAAACCGCUGCGAAUAUUUACGAAGCAAUGUCUGCAAUUGAUGCGUCAGCAGUGUGGCUCCUCCAAGGAUGGAUGUUUGUGAAGAAUCCAUUUUGGCAAGGCGAGCUGAUAGAGGCAUUUUUGACAGCAGUUCCGAAAGGCCAUUUACUUGUGCUCGACCUUCAGAGUGAACAGUUUCCGCAGUAUGAACGAACGCACUCGUACUACGGCCAGCCGUUCAUCUGGUGUAUGCUGCAUAAUUUUGGGGGGACUCUGGGAAUGCACGGCUCUGCAGGCAUUGUAAAUACUAGGCCUCGACUCGCCCGCACCAUGGACAACUCAACUAUGGUGGGAGUUGGAAUAGCUCCGGAAGGAAUCGAUCAAAACUAUGUUAUGUACUCUCUGGCUCUGGAGCGGGCCUGGGUGAAGGAUGAUUUCGACUUGGACCAGUGGUUCCGCAUGUUUGUUACAGCCCGGUAUGGAGUUGAAUCGGAUCAUUUACAAAGUGCAUGGUUGCACCUCAAAAGGUCAGUGUACUCUUAUAGGGGAGUGUUGAAAAUUCGCGGCAAAUACGUGGUGGCCCGCAGGCCGGCCACUAACCUCGCACCCUGGGUAUGGUACAACACCACCUUGGUGCAGUUGGCCUUCGAACAAAUGUUGCAUGCAAACUUAUCCAAUGCAUCGCCGUUGUGGCACCACGACCUGGUAGAUAUAACACGACAAUUCCUCCAGCUGGCGGGUGACAGAACCUACGUUAACUUGAUGGAAGCCUACCGAGAGGGUGACUCGAGGCGGUUUCGCUGGUUGACUACUUGCAUGAUUGACAUACUCUACGACAUGGACAAAGUGUUGGCAACGCAUGAAAAAUUCUUGCUCGGCAGGUGGCUGGCAAGUGCCAAACGAUUGGCAUGGACUCCUCUCGAAGAGAUUCUUUUGGAGAUAAAUGCUCGCAAUCAAAUAACCACAUGGGGACCGAAUGCCAGAAUCCUGGACUAUGCAACUAAGCAGUGGGCUGGCAUGAUGGCUGAUUUCCACAUGCCCAGAUGGAAGUUAUUUUUGGACACAAUGCAGCAGGCUAUGGACGAGGGUGGACGUUUUAGUGAGACUGCUUUUAGGCACAAAGUAUUUAAGGAUAUCGAAAGUCCAUUCGGGGUGGAUAGGAAGGUCUAUCCGACGAAGGCAGUUGGUGAUACAUUCGAAGUGGCAAAAAUGAUCCAUGACAAAUGGCUGGUGCAAUUGAGAAGUGAGAAUUUGAGGUUAGAAAUUCCAUGGAAACGUGGUAUGAGCGAUGUUGAUGUCGAACAACUCACUGAUGCUGAUGGUAUGAAAGACGAAAUUCCAAUAACAAUAUUCUCAUCCUCGUCAUCAUCUUCUUCAUCAUCUUCAUCACCAUCACCUGAACCCGAAGUAGUUGCUGUGUGAAAAGGUAUUUAGGUCGAAUUUCGAACUUGUAGAAUUAAGUUAUUCAUUAAAGAUUAUUGUUAAAUG